AUGGUAAAAAUUGGUGAAAAGAUACGAUUAUUAGGAAUCAUGAGUCUGUACCAAGUCAGCAUCGACACUUUUGUGGACAGAUUCAUCGACCAUGCUAAGAAGUUGGCUUCAAAACGAAAAAGUGGACAGGAGGAAAAACUCAUCAACAAUAUAAAAGCUGCUGUUCGUCAGUUAGCUGAUGAACGUAGAAGAGAGCGAGUGUUUUGUUUUCUACGCUCAACUGCGGAAAAGGAUCAAGCAGCUAAAGCGGCCGAAUUCUAUGUCGCCUGGUGA